GCAAGCACAAGCACUUUCUGAGGUGUGACUGACUGCUGAGUGCAGCCCUUCUCCUUUGCUGCUGUUUAUAGAUGACAUAGGAGCCCUCGUUGGCCCUGCCGCUCGCUUAAUUGACUUAAAGCUGGUAGUGAGCAAGGGAAACAGAAACAUGGCAUUCGUUACCUUUUUGAUCCCCUGCUUUGUGAUCGGCGCUGAUAUGGUUUUCUCUUGCCAGAAUACUGACGACUUCGUGGGUGCCAGUUCUCCGGGGGACAUUGUCAUUGGAGGCUUGUUUGCGGUCCACAGCGAAAUGCUGCGUCCAGAAGAAUAUCCCAUCAAGCCAGUAAUUCAGAAUUGUGCUGGCUUCGAAAUUCAAAUUUUUCUUCAGACCCUUGCAAUGAUACAUGCUAUUGAAACGAUCAACAAUUCAACGCUGUUAUCUGGAGUUACGCUGGGCUAUGAAAUCUACGACACGUGUGCAGAAGUUACAAAAGCCAUGGCAUCUGCUCUGAGGUUUCUGUCUAAAUUCAAUUCUUCUGAGGGUGCUGUAGAGUUCAAGUGUAACUACUCAGACUACAUCCCGAGAAUCAAGGCAGUCGUUGGAGCCAGCUACUCGGAGGUCUCGAUGGCGGUUUCAAGGCUGUUGGCCUUGCAACUGAUCCCACAGGUCAGUCCCGUGUCAUCAGCUGAAAUCCUCAGUGACAAAAUCCGGUUUCCUUCUUUCUUCAGGACUAUCCCCAGUGAUUUCCAUCAGACAAGAGCAAUGACCCACUUGAUCUGUGAGUCUGGAUGGAACUGGAUUGGAGUAAUAGCCACUGAUGAUGACAAUGGGCGGUUUGCUCUGGAGAGCUUUGGGGUCCAGGCCAUGGCAAACAACGUUUGCAUAGCUUUUAAAGAAAUGCUGCCUGCCUACCUCUCUGACAACACCUUUCACACCAAGGUUGAUCAUGCAAUUGAGAAGAUUGUCAAGGAAACCAGAGUAAAUGUUAUUGUUGUCUUUAUGAGACAAUUCCAUGUGCUCAAACUAUUUAAGAAGGCAAUCGAGAGGAAUGUAAAUAAAAUCUGGAUUGCAAGUGAUAAUUGGUCGUCUGCAGUCAAAAUCAGUACAAUUCCCAAUAUCAGACGGCUGGGGACCAUUGUGGGAUUUGGAUUUAAAAGCGGAGACAUCUCCCCAUUCCAAGAUUUUCUGAGAAACCUUCAUGAAAAGCCCACUGACAACAACAAGUUUUUAGAUGAAUAUAUUAUGCUUUUGUCAGUCUGUGCACACCUGGAAUACUACGACUUUCAAAUGUGCAUUUCAAACCAAUCCCAGGAUGAUCUAUUGCAAAACGUUGAAAAAAAAUAUCAGGUCUGGAAAGAUGAUUUUUUGAAUGCUAACAUUGAACCAGGAUUUAUCCACAGUACUGCGCUUGCAGUCUAUGCCAUUGCUCAUGCCAUUAAAGGGCAAUGCAAAGACAGAAACUGCAAGGAUCCCUCUGCCUUCACUCCCUGGGAGCUCCUUGAAAAGCUUAAAAAAGUUACGGUCAUUGAUGAUGAUAAAGAAAUCAAGUUUGACCCCAAUGGAGAUUUGAGCACCGGUUACAAUGUACUUCUUUGGAAAGAAAUUGAUGGCCACAUGGAAAUCACCACUAUGGCAGAAUAUGACCCAGAGAAAGGUGGCUUUAUCUUUGAGGAUGAGGAGAAAAAAAAAGAAUUUCUGGAUUUAAAGAAGGUUCAGUCAACAUGCUCCCAGCACUGCAGGCCAGGACAGAUGAAAAAGGUUACAGAAAGUCCACACACAUGCUGCUAUGAGUGUGUUUACUGCCCAGAAAACCAUUACAGCAAUCAAACAGAUAUGGAUUACUGCUACCGCUGUAACAACAAAACCUACUGGGCUCCCAUCAACAGCACCACGUGCUACAGAAAGACAAUCCAUUUCCUCGCCUGGACUGACUGGUUUGCAGUUUUCCUCCUCCUCCUCUCCGCUUUUGGGGUUGUGUUGGUUUUGUCAAUUAGUGUAAUAUUCACUAAAAACUUGAACACACCAGUUGUAAAGGCAUCUGGAGGUCUAACUGUCUGCUAUAUUAUUCUCUUCAGCCACUUCUUAAUUUUUUUAAGCACCGUCUUCUUCAUAGACGAACCCACAGAAUUCAAGUGUAAAACUAGGCAAGCCCUCUUUGGCAUAAGUUUUGCACUCUGCAUUUCAUGUAUUUUAAUAAAGUCACUAAAAAUUUUACUAGCCUUCAGCUUUGAUCCCAAACUGCAGAAUUUCCUGAAGUGUGUAUAUAAACCUGUUCCCACUGUGGUCGCCUGCACUGGAAUUCAAGUUAUCAUUUGUACCUUCUGGCUAAUAUUUAGGACGCCUUUUGUAAAGCAAAAUUUCUCAAUCCCAAGAGCUAUACUUCUGGAGUGCAAUGAGGGCUCUAUUGUGGCUUUUGGGAUUAUGUUGGGCUACAUCGCUGCCCUAGCCUUCAUUUGCUUCAUAUUUGCCUUUAAAGGUAGGAAAUUACCAGAGAACUACAAUGAAGCUAAAUUCAUCACCUUUGGCAUGCUGAUUUACUUUAUAGCGUGGAUUGUAUUUAUCCCUGUCUAUGCAACUACAUUUGGCAAAUACCUGCCAGCAGUGGAAAUCAUCGUUGUUUUAAUAUCCAAUUAUGGAAUCCUCUGCUGCACUUUCCUUCCAAAGUGCUACAUCAUCAUUUACAAGCAAGAAACAAACACAAAAUCUGCCUUUCUCAAAAUGAUUUACACGUACUCCUCCAAGAGCGCGGGCAGCGUUGCUGUUAGUCAGAUUUCUUUGGAUUCAAAGUCUUCCAGCUCCCGAGCUACUAUCUCAGACUCGUGUAAAUCUGAGAGAAACUCUGUGAAUGGAAACUGCCAUUUCCAAGUGCCUGGGCAGAGACUCAUAAAAGGGAAAGUUCUUCCUAAAAAUACAGCCAGGGCUCUGGCCAGGAAAAGACUCUCCAGCAUAUGACUGGCCAGUGUUAACGUACUAGAAGAUGAAAAGCCAUAUUAGGGAGCUAUUUCUCUUUCAGGUCUCUUUCCUUUUUGGCAUCCCCAAAGAGAGCAGGUCACAUGAAAUGCCUUCUCCUCUGGUACUUCAGCAGUUCUCCAUUACCAGAUUUGCAAGGCUCUCCUUGGCCAUGGAGCCCAGCCCCUGCUCCUGCUGGCACCCCGAGGUGUGGUCCCCCUCUGCAGCUCCCUCCUUUCCCCAGCCCCUUCACAUAGACCUGCAGGAACUUCUGCAGCCUCACUCCCCCCGAGUGAGGCAAAAACAUCAGGAAAUCAUUAUUUCUCACAGACUGUAGGUGGGAACAUAUGGCUUUGCCCCAUGUUUUUUACAUCUUGAUGCCCAUUUUUUAAAGGAGCUCUUCUUCUCACCUCGAUCUGUUUUACAGAUCAAACAGAACCAUCUCCCAGCCUAAGAUUGUUUGCUAGGAUAAACAUGCUCAGUCCUUUAGUCUCCACUUUUAAGAUAGGCUUUCCAUUCUCCUGAACAUACAACCCUUUUCACUUGGUAUCAGGGAAUCUUUUUUUUUUUUCCCAAAAAAAUUGCACACCUUAUUCCAGACUAUAGUAACUUUUAAAGUUCCUUGUAAUUACCAGGAUGAUAAUAACUUGAGACAAGUUUAUAUAAAAAUUAAAGAGUUUCUCUGGAGCUCUGCAGUUAUAUAUAUGGUCAGCUGCUUUUUUUCCAUACUCAGAGGAAACACACUGAUUCACCUCAUGUGCCUCCUCUGAUUCCUCUUACUAGAGGAUGUAAUGUCAGAGUGUAAUAUAGAACUUAUACACUAAUUGAUUCCUCUCAUUAGCAUAAAUAAUAUAAUAACUGUGACCAGCAUGAGCGCAUCCUGGGAAUUUUAGAUUUUUUGAUACAUAUUUUAAAAAAAACUAUUUUCAACAAGAAAAUGACAAUGCACCAUGCUGAUAUGCAGAAAUAGCAGAGGAAUGAAAGGAUACAAGCUGCACCGGAGGGGUCUCUGCUCUGUAGCCCCCCCUCCCCCAGCAGUGUUGUGCCUUCUGCACGACAGGAAAAAGGCACGUUCAGAGAAGAAGGAAUUUUUCUGUUGGGGUAAUGGUACCACAAGAGCCUUUUCAAACCCUGAACAGCAGGGCUAUGCUGCCAGUCCAGGACUGAGAAUACUUUUCUGUGUUCCCAAAUCCCAUGGCCCAGACCAUAGAAACAUUGCCAUUUUAAUUUCUGUGCCAUGUUACUGUGAAAUAUUGUUAAAUUCUUUGAGUUUUGUCCAUGCUUUUUAUUUAGAUCUGGAAUAACUGGAUGAUGUGGCAGACCAAAAUGAAAUGAAUUAGAUUUGGUGUUACACAGACAUAUUGUAUUAUUGUUAUGUACAAUUUAUCUAUUUUUUCUAAUUUCUAUUUAUAUGUUCUAACCCAUAUCCAUAUAAUUUUUCCACUCAUAUUUUGUUAAAAAUACCUAUAAAUCACAUUUCAGCAAUGGACACAGGAAAUGAAAUUACUGUGACAUGUAGACUAUAUAUGUAAUAUAUAUCUAUGAAGACAUUUUUAAAGUAAUUUGAAUGGCAAGGGUGCAAUUAAUAUACAUAUUUGAGUAAUUAUGUAAGUUCUGCAGCUGAUUGGAAGAAUGAAGCUUUGCACACAUGUAUUUAUAUG